AUGGGCUGGCGACCUGGCGACCUGGCAUCUGGAAUCUGGAUUCUGGCAUCUGGCAUCUGGCAUCUGGACCUAGCCGGGCCCGCGCGAUGCCCGCUUGCUGUCUUGUCUGCCUUUGAUCAAGAUUCUGCAAGUCGAAAAGUAUUUUGCCCUCUAGUCGCUCCCAGCGGGGCGCUACGACUGGGCAGCGGAGAAUGCGCCACGGGAGACUCGUCAGACUCAUAUUACGAGUAUUCAACUCACCAGGCCUCCGAGAUUCAUCCAUCCUUGAAUAUGCUCAUCCAGCGACUGCGAUUCGCGCUGGGGCGGAGGCCCCAGCUUGGACGGCAACACGCUCGACCACCGCCGCCUGGCGUGUGCAAUAAGAAGAAUCCCCCAGUGACCCAGGCUCAGCACUUUCCAUAG